UCCGUCCCUUGUCUUACCCACAAUAAUCACAGAAGAUUUUGAUGAAAUGUCAACUUCCGAUGACUCGAAUCUCCUUAAAUCUAAAUCUCUGGGGGCUCGGGAUCGAAUUCGGUCACUCUCUGGUGGAACUUCAAAGAUGUCCGCUCCUCGUGAAGCCCUGGGCCACAGUCGUUUAAGACGGCCCUCUGGGGACGAUGUACUUUCGGGAAUUAGUCCUUCAAGGAAAUUAGCCAUAUUUGAAGCCUUUCGUCCUCGUUCUAAAUCAGAGAGUAAAUGGCAAACACCGAACAUUAUAACAACAAUAAAAAACUCUAUGCAGAACACAUUUUCCUCGUCGCCAGAGGGCAGAAGUUCGCCCAAAUCUCCGACACAAGCUCUUGCCCAGUUACAGGUGUCGCUCGGAUCUUCUGUUGCAUCAAACUAUUUAGACCCAUUUUCACGAGGUGAAUACCGCAAACAGGUGUCGGGGUCCGAGAGUAAAAGCGGACCCGUUUCGAAGGUUAUUGAAAUGUUUCGUAAUCGAUCUAAUUCUAUUGCCACUGACGUCUUUUCCAAG